GGUGGCGUAUUUCUGCGGGGUGCCUGCUGCGCCGGGGAUGGUAGCGCCUCCCGCCCCUGCCUCCUCCCGCCUUUGUGGAGCUGCUCCUCCUCCCCUUUCUCUCCCGCUCCCCGCCAGCUUUCCCCGAGGCUGGAGAGGCGAAAAGGGGACGAGACGGGAUCAGCCUCGUCCUUUGGCUGCCGCGGCAGCAACCCAGGGACAGGUGGGGGGGGGCGCAGCUGGCUCGAGUGCAUCUGGAGACCGUGGGGCCGGGAGGUUCCAGUCCCGGCCCUGCCACCUACUGGCUGUGUGACCUUGGGUUGGUCAUUUACACUUACUGGACCUUGAUCCCCCCCUCCUCCAAAAUGGGGACGGGAUUAGAGGAUCUCCAAGAUCCCUUGCAGCGCUAAAUCAUUUGAUUUCCACCCCCCCCACACACACACACACAUCCCUCCACUGUCCAUUGCUAGUUAUUAAUUGAGAGAAGGGUAUGUGUGUAUCUGUGUCUGCCUGUGUGGACUCGGGGCUGUUUUCUAGAGCUCACCUGAAACAUUACAAUUUGCUGUAUUGAAGAAAUAGGCAAGAGAAGUAGAAGGGAGUGUGUGUGUGUGUGUGUGCGUGUGUGUGUGUGUGUGUGUGUGUGUGUGUGUGUGUGUGUGUGUGUCUGACACAGAGGGACUCGGCAGGACUCCCGAGCAGUGCGCUCUGCGCUGAGCUGCGUUGAGAGGCGCGGGGAUCCCCGUCGUCACUGUCUUCUCUCUAGGCCCUGGGGACCCAGAGACUUCUUCCCUGGUUACCCUUGCUCUCUUUGCCCGUCCCUGGACUCCUCCCUCCUAAAGGCCAGCCUCCUCAGAGCCACCGCUAGCUUUCCGCUCCCCCCACCCAACCCCCAGCCCCCUGCAGCCUGGGCAAAUUGGAGAGCUGCGCCCAGGAGCCCUCCUCCUGCCUUGGGCGCUGGGCACGUCCUGGGAUGGGGGGCGCCGAGGCCAGGCUGAGCAGAAUGGGGACCUCGCCUCUGUGUUUUGGCUCCUCCGCUCAGCCUUGAUCCAUAUGGCCAUACCCUGACAGGCCUGAGCUCCCCAGCAUCGGCCUGUCCUUGAUGGGAAACCAACUGGACCGGAUCACCCACCUGAGCUACAGCGAACUGCCCACCGGGGACCCAUCGGGCAUCGAGCAGGACGAGCUGCGGGUCGGGGUCGCCUACUUCUUCUCCGAUGAGGAGGAGGACGUGGAUGAGCGAGGCCAGCCCGACAAGUACGGCGUAAAGGGGCCCCCAGGCAGUGGUAGUGGCGGCGGCGACGGCGACGGCGACGGCGACGGCGGGGGUAGCCCGGGCCCCGGGACGCCCACCCACCACCCGCACCACCUGGUGCACCAGCUGGUGCUACACGAAGCCCAGUGUUCUGCCUUCCGUGGGCCCGAAUGCAUCUUCUCCAAGGGAGGCGGGGGCGCCGGGGAUCUGGGGGUCUACGCCGUGACUGCCCUGCCCGCCCUCUGCCAGCCCGGCGACCUGGUGGAGCUACUGUGGCUGCGGCCGCCGGCCGCCGCCGCCGCCGGGGAGCCCCCGGGGUCUGCGCCUCCGCCGCCGCCGCCGCCCCCUCACUGGGCAGUCUACGUGGGCAGUGGCCAGGUCAUCCACCUGCACCGGGGCGAGAUCCGCCAGGACAGCUUGUACGAAGCGGGCGCUGCCAACGUAGGCAGAGUGGUGAGUAACUGGUACCGCUACCGGCCCCUGGUGGCCGAGCUGGUGGUGCAGAACGCCUGCGGCCACCUGGGCCUCAAGAGCCCCGACGUGUGCUGGACCAACUCGGAGAGCUUCGCCGCCUGGUGCCGCUUCGGCAAGCGUGAGUUCAAGGCUGGCGGCGAACUGCCCGCGGGCAGCCAGCCCCCGCAGCUGCAGUACUAUCUCAAGGUGCACCUGGGGGACGGCAAGGUGCACACGGCCAGGUUCCACAGUCUAGAGGACCUCAUCCGGGAGAAGCGGCGCGUGGACGCCAGCGGCACGCUUCGGGUCAUCAAGGAGCUGGCUGCCCUGGUCGAUGGCAAGGAGUAGCCCGGACCCGCCGCUGCCUCUCUCCUUUCUCAAACCUUCCUUCCUUUCCCUUUUCCCCAUCUUCACCUAUUCUCCUUCUUCUCCUUCCCUCCUUUAGCUGUCCAAAUCGGUGAAAAACUCCUCUAUGUAACUCAGCUCGACCCCUCCCUAACCUCAACACGUCCAGAGCCCCCACUGGCUGGCACUGGGUUGCCCACACAUGGCAACCAUGGAGUCUUGCUCCUCAGACAUUUAGACCCUUUGGGGAAUUCGCUGAGGUAGAGGGAGGCAUCUGGAGGAGGAGGAAGAGUUGAGGGUCUCCUACUUGCCGCUGAAGCCAGCUGUCCCUGGCCUUAUUAAGGAGGGGAUCCUCUCCCAGAUUUAGGGAUAAGUAGCAUGUGGGGAGGGCAAGAAGUCAGGGCCCCAGGCUGAGGCCCUUUGCAGUUGGAGGAACAAGGAUGAAAAGGUUACUGGGUACAAUAGGCUGUUCCCUUUUCCAAGUGGAACUGCGCUCCCGCUGCCUCAGGAACACAGCCCCUACAGAAGGGGAGGAAGGAAUCUGAGAAGGCCUGAGAACCUCAUCUACAUCACCAGGCUUCCUUGUGGAGCUCAGUGUCCUAGGGUUUGUAGGUUUUCCUAAAGAAAUAAAUGACACCACGCUCCUGAGCUCCUGGGAAUAAUUCCACAGGAACCCACUUGGGGACCCAGGUAAAGUACCCAGGUUAUUCCAACUCUGCCCUGGCCCUCUGGCCUCAGACCUCUUUGGCUUCUGGAGAGUGCUGGCUUCUCAGGCUGUUGUCCCAGCUCCCCACCUUCCUGCAGAGGAGUCACACCUCCAGAAUUCCUGUAAGACUCAGCUGGUGGUGGUGGUGCUCAGCUGCUGUCUGGUAACUAAGGAGGCUGGUCCACCCACUCUCCCCCAAGGCCUGGGAAUCGCAACCAGGUAGGCAAUAUCCUGCCCCCAGAAAAGGAAGAGGGUGACCCCUCCUGGCAAACCUUGUAAGAGCAUCUAGAUCACCUCCCUUCUGGCUGUUUCAAACCUGGCCCACCUGGGUGGAGGAAGAGGGAGGCAUAGAGCAAUUGCCCAGGAUUGCCCAGGCAGCAGAAGGGAAGCCAGCAUAUCAUACCUGGGCAGUUUGGUUUGACUUUGCUAAAACGUCUGAGUCAUUGGGACAACAGGCAAAGUUUAAAGGAAAAAAGAAAAGAAAACACAGCAAGAACGAUUUCCCAAUUAUGUCAACAGAGUCAAUCACGUUGAUGUUUUAUUAAAGCAUUUUAGGGACCUGCUAAUAAAAUUUCAAAUUGAAA